GUUUGCUCGGCUACCAUCAUUGACCCUGCGAGACCUCACGAAUCACAUCGUUGAAUUCGCCCAAGAUCAGUACGGCUCUCGGUUCAUCCAACAGAAAUUGGAGCAAGCCAGUGCGGUUGACAAAAUGGCCGUCUUCCGGGAAAUUUUACCUCAGUCGUAUAAUCUUAUGGUGGACGUGUUCGGCAACUAUGUCAUUCAGAAGUUCUUUGAACUCGGCACCCCUGAACAGAAGGAGAUCCUCGUUCAGCGGAUCAAGGGUCAGGUGCUGACUUUAUCACUACAAAUGUACGGCUGUCGCGUGAUCCAGAAGGCAAUCGAGUCGGUUCCCCUGGACAUGCAACUGGGCAUCGUACAGGAGCUUGAUGGCUGUGUCUUGAAAUGUGUGAAGGAUCAGAAUGGCAACCACGUCGUGCAAAAAUGCAUCGAAUGUGUUCCACCCGAGCACCUACAAUUUAUCGUGGACGCUUUCAAGGGCAACGUUCAUUCAAUUUCCACCCACUCUUACGGCUGUCGUGUCAUCCAACGUAUCCUGGAGCACUGCAACGCGGAGCAGACCACUCCCAUUCUCGCCGAAUUACAUCAGUGUGCAGAGUCGUUGGUCAAGGAUCAGUAUGGAAACUAUGUUAUCCAGCACAUUCUCGAACGCGGACGGACGGAAGAAAAGGGUCGUAUUAUUGAACUCCUGCGUGGGCGUGUGGCUGAGCUUUCAGUACACAAGUUUGCCAGCAACGUUGUAGAGAAGGCAGUCACAAAUGCUAGUCGUGCUGAGCGACAGGCUCUGAUUAACGAGGUCCUCGAGAAGGAUGUACAGCCGAGUGUUCCUGGCGCAACACCUGCCACUGUGGGCUCUACCGCUACUACUGCUGCUACACUCCCCGACAAUUCCGACUCUGUUCUCUGGCGCAUGAUGAAGGACCAGUUUGCCAACUAUGUUGUACAGAAGAUGCUCGAUGUGGCUGAACAGCCCAUCAAGAAGGAGCUCAUGUCACGCAUUCGACCCCACCUACCCAGCCUGCGUAAGUAUACCUACGGAAAACACAUUAUCAAUAAGAUGGAGAAGCACUACAUGAAGACUAAUCAGGUUCACUUGGCAAUGGUCCUCGCCUCACCGUCACCACCCACUACACCGCCUGCGUCUCAUGACGCUGAAGAGGAUGGAAUUUGUGGUAAUGCGUCUUCCUCCUCCUCGAUGGAGAUUGGGUUGUCGAGACUGUCACUGGAAAACGGACGUCAAUCACCACCCACUGGUGUUUCGGCAAACUCUAAGGCGUUUGCAUCGUCACAUUCGCGUUCAUCCCAGUUCCGUCAAGCUCAGGUUGGUGGCGAAGCCAUCGGCAUGUCGUCAUCAGCACCGCGUUCAGGUACUAAUUCUAAACAGACGAUCAGUGGCCCCUCCGGUCGACACGUAUUGCAUCGCGCCUUCAGAGUCGACAACUGCCCACCCAGCGUCGAUAACGAGACCGCUGGCCGGUGU